UUCCAGGUGGCUCAGUGCGCAUGCGCAGUAAGUUUAUUCGAGGAAGUGGCAGCAGAGGAAACCCUAACGACGAAGAGUUUACUGUUUAUUCUCCUUUCAGAGAAGACAAACCGGCCCGCAGCCUUUUAAAAAUGUCAGAAUUUGAUAGCAACCCGUUCGCAGAUCCUGCCAAUGACAAUCCCUUCAAUGACCCGUCGGUGACGCAGAUGACCAGCUCCGGCGUGGAACCGGUCGACCAGUACAACCCUUUCCCCGCUCAUCCCACAGACAACCUGGCGGCUCACACCGCUCCCUACCAGCCCGCUGUGUUGCAGCCGUCCACGGAGCCCAGUCCACAGGUGACCGCCGCCGCAGCUCAGGCCAAUCUGCUGAAGCAGCAGGAUGAGCUGGAGAGGAAAGCUGCCGAGCUGGACCGCAGAGAGCAGGAGCUGCAGAGCAGAGGCCCGUCAGGAAAAGAGAACAACUGGCCUCCGCUUCCCAAGAGCUUCCCCAUCAAACCAUGUUUCUACCAGGACUUCUCUGAGGAAAUCCCAGUCGAGUCCCAGAGAGUCUGCAAGAUGAUGUACUACCUGUGGAUGUUCCACUGUAUGACUCUGUUCCUCAACCUGCUGGCGUGUUUGGCUUACUUCACCACGGAUGCCGUCUACGGGGUGGAUUUCGGCCUCUCCAUCCUGUGGCUCAUCCUCUUCGCCCCCUGCUCUUUCGUGUGCUGGUACCGGCCCGUCUACAAGGCCUUCCAGUCUGACAGCUCCUUCAGCUUCUUCUUCUUCUUCUUUGUGUUCUUCUGCCAAGUGGUGAUCUUCGUCAUCCAGGCGGUGGGCAUCCCCAAGUGGGGCAACAGCGGUUGGAUCUCGGCCUUCUCCGCCAUGGCUGCGAACAAGGCGGUGGGAGCCAUCAUGAUCAUCGUGGCCAUCCUCUUCACCAUCUGCGCUGUGCUGUCAGUCAUCCUGCUCAAGAUGGUCCACGGCAUGUACCGCCGGACCGGGGCCAGCUUCCAGAAGGCCCAGCAGGAGUUCUCGCAGGGCGUCUUAACCAAUAAAACCUUCCAGACGGCCGCCGCCGGCGCGGCGUCCACCGCGGCGCAGGGGGCCUUCCAGGGAAACUAGGCGAGGGCCGACCGAGCCGAGCUCCACCCAGCGGCUCGAGGUCCACGCGCUGUCGGGUCGGGCCGCUUCCUUCAAACAGAGCCGAGAGAGGCUCGGCGAGAACUUCUGCUCGUCAUCUCUGCGACCCGAUAGCGUGUAGACCUCGAGCUACGGCGAGGCUACACAAGUAGCCCCACCCCCUCCCCCUCUUCCUAUCAAUUCAUGUUAACUCUGCUUCUCGUCGGCCCCCUUUGUAGAAAGCAGUGGGGGGGGGGGGCGAGGUGACGCAUGGCGGCGUUCUGUGGGGGAAGCAUGAAUGAAGUUGACUGACGGCUAUUUGGGUUCGUCCUGGCUUUGUACAUUUCGUGUGCACUUUUUCUGGCAAAGCUCUUCAGUGUGUGUGUGCGUGUGUGUGUGUGCGUGUGCGUGUGUGUGCUGGCAUGCUGGUCACAUGUCUUAAUGUGAGCGCAGUACGCUUUGGUUCCGCUGAUCCUGUAAUAUAUAAAUACGAUGAAGUGUUUCUGCAUUCUUUUUCAUUUUUGUUUUGUCUCUAAAGGCAUUUUUUUGUUUGUUGUUGAAUCUCUUUAGUGUGCUGCAAAAAGUUUAGUCCAAUGUGCAAGAAAUGUAACGGAUAAAUCACACAGCUCAUUUCAUGAUAAUACUGUAACUUCACGUUCAAAUCGGUGUGGUUGAUUAUUUAAUAGGGAUCAAUACUCAGACCGAACCCCCUCACUGAGAGUGUACAGUACUGUGUUUUUAAAAUGUGCCUUUUGACUGGAACCAAAUUGUUUGUUCUUGCUAAGGAAAAUUCGGUGGUGUCAGAGAAUUGGUGGAAAUAGUGUAUAUUUUGGUCACUUUGGUCGUUUUUGAUCACGUCCACAGAGGACAUCUUGACUGUUGCUUUGAUUAAUUCCUCGAUGGUAAAGAGCUAAUUAAAUGUCUGCUGUAAUUUAAAGCACAUUUAGUUUCACUUUCAGACAAAUUACUUUAUUUAAAGGAGCAGUUGUCUUAUAUACUUCACACUUCCAAGAGUCGCUCUUGAAGGAAACCAAAGCAAUGCUUAUUAUGAAAGUGGAACAUUUGGCUGAUUAAAAGUAGAUAAAAAAAGUAGAUGUAUUCCUUCAGUUUGCGCCUAUUCUAUUGAUUUCACUACUAACAUUAAAUGCAAGAAAAGGAACCCUUACUUUGACUUUUUAAACGUUGAAAUCUUAAAUCCCUUAUAUUUUGACAGAGGACAGAAUCCAGUGCCUUUUUGCAUUUCAAUAUUAAAUUUAGCAUCUAAUAAUAAAUUGCUUUGCUUUCAUUUAA